AUGGAAGCUGCUCGUGAAGGUUCAGGUACCUCUGUUUCCCAACCUCAUGCACUGGAAUGGGUUGGAGAACAUUUCUCGAAUCAAUAUGUUCCCCAAACUAGUGGGUCUGAAGUGGGAAAUCAUUCGGGUGUAAGAGCUGGUUCACAUCUUCAUAUAAGUCGUGUGGAGUUUGAAGACACUGUUGAUCCCACUGAUCCUGAACAAUGGCUGGAGCGCAUGGAGAGGGUAUUUGAGCAGUUGAAGUGUUCAGAUGUUGCCAAAUUUAAGUAUGCUACUUUACUAUUACAAAAGGAUGUUUACGAUUGGUGGGUAAGUGUUCCGAAUGUUAAGGUAAAACCUCCAGUUCUUACUUGGGAUGAUUUUCUUAAGGAAUUUCGUAUGAAGUAUGUCCCACCUGCUUAUUGUGAUUCAAAGAAAAAGGAGUUUUUGAAUUUAAGGCAACGAGGCAUGUCUAUUGCUUUGUACCAACAAAAGUUUCUAAGGCUCUCUCGUUAUGCUGGAGGUAUUAUUAAAGAGGAAAAAGACAAGUGCAAGAAAUUUGAAGACAGUUUAAAUGAUUCCAUUAGGAAGAAUGUGGCGAUCCUACAACAUGAGAACUUUUGUAAGUUAGUGUCUGCUACUUUUACUUGGGAACGACUUGAUAAAGAAAAAGCUAGUAGAAAUGGAAACAAAUUUUGA